AUGGACCAUUGUGAUCGGGGUGACGAAGUUCAACUAGCCAAUAAAUCAAAACGUUUACUUUGGCAGCCAGAAUAUCCAAUGAAUCCACUGGAAAAUUUUGUCUCUGGGAAGAGCAGCCAGGAAGCAACUUUUUGCAGCUUACCAUUAUCUGAUACCGGUUCCAAAACUAAGCAAAUCGGUAUUUCAGAAGAGACCUACUACAAUAUCUUGGCGCAACUCUGCCAUACCAAAUCCGUACUUAACAUCUUAAAGAAAACUACAAGCAAACCAUUGAUGAUUGAAUCAUGGACACAAACACAUGCACCAGCUGAAUCAACUGAUAUUGUCAAUGAACUUAAACAGAAUUGCCAAGAUCUACAAACUAGAUUGGAGAAACAAAAAUUGGAAUCGGAAUCUUUAAGACAAGAGAAUUUGGAUUUAAAGAAAAGGCCAGACAGACGCGAGGGCCUUAAUCAAGUACAGUCAGAAAAAAAAAUAGCUCAGGAGAAUGAAAAGAAAUCUCUGGCAAAAUUGAAGCGAGAGAAGGAGCUCCAUGAAAAUACUGAAAAGAAACUUCUUGAAGCUAAGAACCAAAAUAUUGUUCCAGCAAAGAAUAAUCCCUGUUUCACAAGAUGUUCACCAAAAGUGUAUGCUGGACGCAUUCUACAUGAUUUGGUAGUUGACUGUGAAGAAGAAGAAGAAGAAGAAGAAGAAGAUAUUCAGCCGUUCAAACAAUGUGAACGAUGUCACAAAUACUUUUCAACAAAUGAGGAAUUGGAAUACCACCAUGGCAUCUGUCAGGAAAUGGAAUAA